AUGGAUUUAAGUAGCACAUGGCAAUUCAAUCCCAUUGCGACCUCGUGGCCUCCAAACGUACUACAGAACCUAGCGUUCUGGACUGCAACAAAUGGAUCGUGGGAAUACCAAAUCCAGCUUUCCUGGCCGCUGAAUUGGACUAGUCGCGAGGAAACGUCGGUGGUGGAAACGAUGUACAUUUUAGAUGGCAAUGCGCUCGGCCUUACCGCCACCGAGUCGCUACGUCGACGUCGCCCCGUCGAGUUCAACAUGCCGGAUUGCAUCGUGGUGAGCGUCGGGUAUCCCGAGACGCUCCCAGACUCGCCGUAUAGCAGUCAACGCAGCUACGAUUUUCAACCUCCCGUGUGUGAGGGGUGUCCCGCGCCAGCAAUCCCAGGAGUGCCUUCGAAUGCAGAUAGUUUUAUCGAGUUCAUCGAUACAGCACUACGACCUUGGAUUCGUAGCAGUGCAUUCCCUAAGGCGGAUUUUGAUCGCGAUGCAUUGUAUGGGCACUCAUUCGGGGGACUGUUCGUGCUGUAUGCACUUACUGUUCGACCAGAUUUGUUUGAUACAUUCUUGAGUGCGUCGCCUGCGCUAACUUUCAACGAUGGCUAUGUGUUUAAUUCUACGGAGUUUCUGGCGCCGCUUGUGACACCUGGUUCUGCGAAUACGACGAAUGGGACGAGGCCGGCAUUCCAGAUUAGCUAUGGGGCACUGGAGCAAGGUCCCGUGCAGAGACGAACGGAGACGGAUAAGGAAUUUGAGUUGAGAAAGGGCGUUCUUGUGGCGCAGCAGAUGACGACUUUGUCUCGGAAGUUGCAUAGUGUGCUAGAAGGAAGUCACGCAUUGAGGGAUGUCAGUCUUCGCGAGUACCCGUUUAGCGACCAUGCUGCUGUUGGGGCGGCGGCAUUGGCAGACGGGAUUGAUUAUUUCUUGGACUGGUGUUCGGCAAAGUAUUGUUAG